AUGAAUAAUUUUACUAUUCAAGUUAUUGAUGGAAUUGUAAAGAUUUACGAAGAGGAUCUUGAAUGUCUUAACCGUUUGGAAAGUUUUGAAAGACAUAGAACUGUUGAUAGUUUGACUUCGGAUGAAGAUAUUGAAUAUGAUUCUGCAAUUCAUAUGAAGAACGUGUACUUUUAA